CUAAAAUCUGGUGGAAAACAAUGCAAAUAGCAGGAGUGAAGAGCAAAUCCGAAAUAAAAGAAUAUUAUUUCUGAAAUACAGUUUUUUAACGCACUUUCAUAUAUUUCGAAUUUUACAGACUAAAUUAAUAUCUAAGAGUACUUUUUUAGUUGUGAUGCACCUGUAUGAAAUAUUGUUAUUUGACGAGUUCGAGUUUUUUCCACUCUUGACUCAGUUGAAAUCACAUUUAAAAAAAAAAAAAAAAAAAAAAAAAAAAACAAGAUCAGACAUGCGAUACUAAUCCUUUAACCCUUAGGAAACCAAAGUCUUUGCUGGCCUGUAUGCUUAAAGUACCGAAAUGCCCGAGAUUCACAGCAAAUUCCUCCCCUCCCCGUCCAUUAACGCACAAAGAGGUGUGAGGUUGUUGGAAUUUUAGAGUAAUAUCACACUGGAAUCUGUUUGAAAACGAUGAUAAUAGCAGGAAUGGUAUUUAAUAUGAAUGAAGAGCCGCUCCAUAAUUAAAGGAAUAUAAUUUAUGAGAAGGAGCUUUUUUAACGCAUUUUAUACAUUUGAAAUUUUAUAGACUUAAUUAAUAUCUAAUUAUACUUUUCUUUCAGUUGUGAUGCAACUGUAUGAAAUACAGUUAUUUGACGAGUUCGUGUUGUUGGGAAACAUGGCAGUGCUACAUUGUCCAAUACCAACGUAUGUCAGCGAUUAUGUAACUGUGACGUCAUGGGAAAGAAUGGAUGGUUUUCUUAUUACACCUUUAAUCGUAAGUGGUAAAUAUGGAAUGCUGGAUAAUGGCGACCUUUACAUUAAAGAUACUACUGUGCACGACAGCACAUAUAGUUUUCGAUGCCACACAGAAAAUAGUGUCACUAAAGAAAAACGAAUCAGCAGAAAUUAUGCAAGGAUAAUAGUUACAGAUCCACAUCAUAGCCAGGCACCAAGGAUUACAAGACGUUCCAUACGAGUCGCUACUCGAGCAGGACAAAGAACAACAUUAGCGUGUGUUGCCCAAGGCUAUCCAAUUCCAAAUUAUAGGUGGAGAAAGCAUUUCGGGGAUGAGCUAAAUAUGCCUGGAUUAGGAUCAUCAGUUCGACAAGAAGGAGGAAUUCUGAUUUUUGAAAAGACACAGCCUUCGCAUGCAGGAAAAUAUACUUGCUAUGUCAGUAAUACAAUGGGAGAAGACAAAAUGGAAACAGAACUCGUUGUGGAAGAAAUUCUUCGCACAGUAGUUCACCCGAAAUUACUUCGAGCAGAUAUUGGAAAGAAUGCCUCAUUCAAUUGCACUAUCACAGGCGGACCGGUCGAUUCCGUUGUGUGGAAAAAGGAUAUGAGGUUUUUAACAUCUAAUCCUCGAGUAAGCUUUCCAGUUCCAACCAUGCUUCAAAUUUCUAGAGCUUUGAGACAGGACGCGGGAAUGUAUCAGUGCUUCGCUAGCAGAGAAUACCAUGUCUCCCAAGCUGCCGCUCAACUUAUUAUUGGUGAUGUUGCACCCAAGUUCAAAUUCACCUUUCCCGAGAAAAUAGUUCGAUCAUCAAGCUACGUCUCCUUGAUGUGCGUAGCUACUGGAAAUCCCGCUCCUCAGAUGAAAUGGACUAUGGAUGGUAUAUGGCCUUUGUCGACUCGCCCUGGCACGCUGGUUAGCACUUACUUGAGCAACCAUGGAGAAGUCUUCAGUUACGUCAACAUCACAUCCGUAGACGUAACAGAUAGUGGCGUUUACGCUUGUGAAGCGUAUAACGACGCCGGACGGACAGUUCAUGCGAAAAGAUUGAAUGUUUUCGGAAACCUCUUCAUUCGACCCCUCAAUAAUUUAACCGCCUUGUCUGGUGAAGGGUUUUCAGUCAUGUGCCCUUUCGGAGGAUAUCCAUUUGACAACAUUGCAUGGAAAAGAGAUGGCAGACUGUUACCCAUUAAUCAGAGGCAAAGAGUUUUCCCUAAUGGCACCUUAUACAUAGCUGAAAUGCUACCAGGUGUAGAUGAUGGAUUUUACAGCUGCGAAGUAACGUUUGAGAAAGGCAUACCAGCAUCUAGAACCUUUUCAAUCAUCAUAAGAACGGAGCCCCAAGUUGGCAAUUUCAGCUUCCCCGGCAACCUCCACGAAGGAAUGCGGACAGCGGUAACUUGUAUUGUCCUUGCUGGGGAUUCGCCAAUUACAACGAGGUGGUUAAAGGACGGGUUACCUUUAAUCGAAGAAGAUUUGGACGCCAGUAUAAUCUAUGCCGGGAAUGGUUUUGUAUCUACACUAACAAUCAACACCUUAGCCUACAAGCAUAAUGGGAAUUACACAUGUUUGGCCACAAAUGAUGUUGGCACAGGCGCCGUCAGUACGAAAUUAACAGUGAAAGUUCCUCCGAGAUGGAUUCUUGAACCACGAGACACUUCUGCGAUUGCUGGAAGACCGGCAAGAAUUGAUUGCCAAGCAGACGGAGUGCCCCAACCUCAUGUACGAUGGAAAAUGUCAACAAAUACUCCACCUGAUGAUUUCAAGACUAUCGUUAGCAGUUCUCACGUUCACAUUCUGGUUAAUGGUUCUUUGAACUUCAGAAGUGUAGAACUAUCAGAUGAAGGCUUUUAUCUUUGUGAAGCAAACAACGGCGUAGGCGCUGGCUUGAGUACCGUAGUCAGAUUCACUGUUCAUA